UGCCUGGGAGACAGUGUGCAGAGAUCAGCAGUGAGAAUAGUGAUAAUAUACCCCCAGCCGCACAACCGCGCGCUGCGGCGGUGACCCUGACAUUCGUGCGUCGUGCCUCAACGAAGAUCGACGCGCGCCGCCACUCCAGUGCCCGCUCUGUGCCGGUAAUCAUCGGGGAACGCUGUCCAGUGUGUUGGUGCGGUUAUAUCAAUCACAAAACCCAAGAUUAAUCGAGUUUAUUUCAAUCGUGACUAAUUGUGCAGACGGAUAACCUCAAAAUUCCGAUCGAAAAAAAAAACUGAACCUCCCGACAACUCGUCAUUUCGAGCAAAACAAUCCCGCGAAGUCCUUGAACUCUCAGUGAAUAUCCGUUGAAUGGGAGCUGAUGGUGGAGUGACAGUUGGUGAUAUCGGGAAUGCUCCAGUAGGUUCGCGAACGUCUGAUAGACAUUGUGAAGUGCAUCGACAGUUGAGUCCUUGAUAGCCAGUGGUGCGAGGGAAUUUUGUGGUUUAGUGUCGUUGUGGGGUGUUAUCAUGGCACCGCGUCGUCACGCCGGUAAUGGUCAUAUCGGUGGGCUCCUGGAGGUGGCGGGCAAUCACGAGACGAUGGAGAAUUUUGGGAAUGGGCCCAGCAUCAUGGGGACGACUCACUGCUGCACCCCCACUGGUGAGUGCCUUCGCAAUGACACACCGAUUCGUCUCAAUGUCCUUCAGGACGUUGUCAAAGUGACUUGCAACAAUGAUAGCUGUCCGAUGGGACAGUACAUGCAUCGCGAGUGCUUUGACGCCUGGGAACAGACUGUUCUUACGUAUCUUAAGAACUGCGGGAGGGCCAGGAGUUGGUCGGAGCGGCAGCGCCAUCAGAAUCUCUGGACGAAAAAGGGCUAUGAUCUUGCUUUCAAGGCUUGCGGCUGUCGCUGCGGACGGGGACAUCUCAAGAAGGAUCUCGAUUGGAUGCCACCCGGGCUCAAUGCUACUGGGUGCCGUAAUGAUGAGGCCGAUCCCAAGAAGAAGAAGAGACGCAAUCGACAGAAUACCAGACCCAGUCUCGCUGUUUCGGCUGGACCACCACAUGGCAGUCAUGGCAAUCGGCCCAGUGAGGCCCAGUUGAUUGAGUCCAGGGGACGCGCUGGCUCGCUUUCUUCUAGCAAUGGCUCUUGCUCACCACCCGCUACCAGCGAGACCAGUGUCAGCCCACUUCAUCAGCCGCAGAUGCUUGUCAAGAAGAAGAGCAGGGUCGAGUUCUUCGGGGAUCAUCGGCUUCGUCAAAGCUGUGGGGCCAACGGUAUCUUCUCCCGUCGCUUGGAUUUCAGUGCAUUCAACAGCCUGCCCAAGACCAAGCUCAACUCGUAUCAUAUCAAGAUUGAGGACGAGGGAAAUCACGGUAACGAUGACACCAGAUGCUUCAUACUGUCGACACUGGCCGCACUCCAGUGGUCGAGAGUAUCGUGUGUAUUGUGCCGAGCGGCGAUGCUAGUCUUCGACAGGUAUCCACUGGUGGAUGGUACCUUUUUCCUGUCGCCGCGGCAACACUCACACUCCUGCGCCGAGGUGAAGGUCGAAGGUCGCACGCAAUUUUUAUCGGCAGUCUGCAUGAGCUGCUUGGAGGGCAGUGGAUCGUCACCAGUGCGCUGCCGCACCUGCACACAGCCGUGGGACGGAUCGAGUCUUGUGUUGGGGACUAUGUACAGUUACGAUAUAUUCGCUGCCAUGCCGUGCUGCACUGAACGUCUUAAGUGCAACAGCUGCCAGAAACCGCUAAUAUACCCCCACCAGCGAUUGAAUUUUUACUCCGACUACAGUCGUGUAUUUGCGUGCCCGCAUUGUCGCACAGUUGACGCACACUUUGUUAAACCACUGUCAGCAUGUUUCACACGUGAACAAUUUCAAUUGUACAGCCAGUGGCCGUAACCACUAGAGAAACUAGGUGGUUGCCGGUGUAAUAGAAUCAACGAAAUCAGUGACGAUGAUGAAUGUUUUAUUAAAUUAGCUGAAAUUCUAGCGCCCGGAUUAUUAUCUAUUGAUAAAAGUCAUGUUACGCCAAGUUGCAGUCGCUACGAGCGUACGAGUCAAAUUGCUCGUCGUUAAUUUUUACCCCCCUCGGGAAUUCAUUUCUUCGCGUAAAAUUCUGGUACACAAAUACGACGGAGUUUGAAUUUUUAGGAUGAUUACGUGCUCUCGGGGGGAUUUACUCCGGGUCAAUUAUCCUCUCAGGGGCGACAGAGUCCUCGAGGAUGCCUCAGAACGUCUGCUAUUACCUCACGGAUUAUAUCGAUUCGAUAGUAAAAACACUGCCUUGCCUCAUCUCGUUUUAAAAAUCAUUGAAAAAUGUGCUCACAAGUCAGAAUGAAUUGUUCAUCACCUUUUGAUACACCUCGGGGGCACGUAUCCAUGCUAAAGCAAUUUUUUUUUCAUCUUCAGUUAAUCCCAAUCCCAGUGAAUGACAAAGUCACAAUGAAGCACACGCCCUUUUACAUGUAUUAGUCCAAUUAUGCAUACUGAUUGAACACCUAAAAAUAGUGUAAGUAAAAACAUUGAAAAGCAAAAAAAAAACGAUAUUGAAUCAACUUAAUUUACAUUUGUAUGAGAAAAAGAAAAUGAUGAAACACUUUUGUUAGGGGGAAAGAAAUACUAUUGUUUGUUAUUUAGAUAAUCGAUAAACAUUGUUUUCUUUUUUAACAUUUUAUUAGUUUAAUGAUAAUGAAGGAUGGGAAAAAAUAAUAUUGUCUAGGCGGCCAUGU